AUGACCUGGAGGGAGGGUACCCUCGCCCUCGUUGCUGCGUGGGCGGUAUGGCGCGCUCUGAAGGCUUUGACGAGUAAAAACCCUCUCGAUAAAGUUCCUGGGCCAAAACCUGACCCUUUCUUCUUCGGCUCUGCGUUGAGGCUGUUUGACCCAGUCGGGGGUUGGGACUUCCACGCUGAAAUAGCGAGCAAAUAUCCAGGUAUCGCCAGAAUAGUAGGUAUACAAGGGAGUAACAUACUCUAUACCUUCGAUCCCAAAGCCAUGCACCAUAUUCUAGUCAAAGACCACCACAAUGUCUUCGAUGAAUCGGACAGAUUCCUCCAGAUGAACAGUCUACUCUUUGGACCAAGUCUCCUUUCGGUCAAGGGCGACCGUCAUCGAAGGCAACGCAAACUCUUGAACCCGGUGUUCUCGAUUGCCCACAUGCGUGAAAUGACACCCACCUUCUAUAGCGUGGCUUACAGGCUUCGCGACUCACUCCAUCAAAUCCUCAAAGAAGGCCAGCCAACCGAAAUCGACAUCGCAUCAUGGAUGACCCGCACCGCUCUCGAGCUAAUCGGUCAAAGCGGUUUAGGCACGUCCUUCGACAGUCUAGAGCCAGACGCAUCAGAGCAUCCAUUUGCAACAACUUUGAAGAACCUCCUACAGGGGCUCUCUGAUAUCCCCUUCGCGCGGUUCUUCCUGCUCCCCCGAGUCGGGCACAUCGGGCCCCCACAAUUCAGGAGAUGGGUUGUCGAAAGGGUACCCUCGAAGAGUAUCAGGAAGGUCGUCAACAUGUCCGACGUCAUGCAUAGGACUUCAAGUGAGAUAUACCAAAGGAAGAAGCGAGCGCUGGACGAGGGCGACGAGCUCGACAAGAGCGUAAUCGGGAUUCUCUUGAGGGAGAACAUGAACGCGUCUGAGGAAGAUAGGAUUCCCGAAGAUGAAGUGCUGGCACAACUUUCAACCAUAACAUUUGCAGCGAUGGAUACAACCUCCAAUGCCCUCUGCAGGGUUCUCCUCCUCCUAAGUGGGAAUCCUGAGGUCCAGGAGCGUCUCAGGCAGGAGAUACUCGACGCUAAAGAGCAGCGAGGAGGCUCUGACUUGUCUUACGACGAAUUAGUGCAACUGCCAUACUUGGAUGCCAUUUGUCGAGAAACGUUACGACUGUACCCGCCAUCUCCUUUCGUUACACGACAAGCCCGACAAGACACCAUCCUCCCACUCUCCAUCCCAUUCAUCUCCACAGACGGCAAGCCAACUCACGAGGUACUCGUUCCCAAAGGAACACUCGUUCUCGUCUCCAUCAUGGCCGCCAACAAGAAUCCUGAGCUCUGGGGUCCGGAUGCACACGAGUGGAAACCGGAGAGGUGGUUGAACCCCUUGCCUGAGACGGUUGUCAAUGCGAAGAUGCCAGGGGUGUAUUCUCAUUUGAUGACCUUCAUUGGCGGAGGCCGUUCCUGUAUUGGGUUCAAGUUUUCCCAACUCGAGAUUAAAACAAUCCUGUGCUCCCUCCUCGAAUCAUUCAGGUUCACUCCAACAGGCAAGAAGAUCCGCUGGCAGCUUAACGGUGUCGUCCAACCGACCGUCGUAUCGGAGGAGCCUGGCAGUGCCAGUGCGGGGAAGGCUCUAAAACUUCAGAUGCCCUUGAAUGUGUCGCGACUAUGA